AUGAACGAAAAUGAAGAAGGAUGCCGCGUACACGUGAAAAGUCCUAAACGUGGAGACAGAUACGCACCCGGUGAUGAAAUGCUUGUUCAGUGGGAGCUUAUUGGCAAGGAGUGUCGAGUGAAUGUUAAUAAUAUAGCCGAAGUGCCUUUACAUAAAGUCGAUGCUUUUCUGUUUGCUAAUUUGACUAUCACUAAAAAGACUCCGAAUACAUCGGAAAAUAAUUUAAAUACCAAUAAUAAUAGUUUGGACAUGGAUAAUGAUACGAAUUGGCAAUGGAAUUAUCGCACUACACUCUAUCACAACACAAGCACAAAAAUCACAUCAUUCAAAUACCCAAUACAAAUAAUACUCUCGCCAAACAUUAGAAACUCGUCCUUGUUUUUCGUUGAUAUUGAACUCGGAUUCCUGUCUAAAAAAUCAUCAUCAAUAAAAACGAUCUGGGAUUAUGUUGGGCCAUUCACGAUAGUACCGAUUCCACCGCCUUCUCAGCAGGAAGACAAUAACACUAUUGCUGAUGCAUUGGCGAAUGGUUCUGGUGGUGGCUCUAAUAAUAAUGGAGACCAGAAAAAUGGUGGGAUGGAAGAACAAAAUCAUAAAGGACAGAGUAUGGCGAGUACAGCAGCAUUAUCUCUUAUUGAUGAUAAUAUGUUUGGUAGUGUCGCUUGCUCUUUCGUGUUGUGGGGUAUUUUUAGUUUUUUAUUCAAUUCAAAAAUUUAUCUUUAG